CGAAGCCGCCCCUGGCGCCGUUACCAUCAUAAACCACCUCCGCGUCCCCGUCUACCUCUGGUCCGUGGACACCCACCAGGGCCCAAUGAUCACCCUCGAACCUAUGUGGGGCGCCCACAAGGAAUCCUACCGCUUCAGCCCCGACCCCAACGGCGGCGUGUCCAUCAAAAUCGCUGCCGGUACCCCCGACAUCAACAACGUGCUGCAGUUCGAGUACACCCGCACCAACGACAAAGUCUUCCGUGACAUGUCGACCAUCAACCUGCGUCCUGGAUCGGAGUUCGUCCGCCAUAAAUUCGCCCUCAUCCCGGAUGAUGAGAGCAACUGUCCCAUGGUUGAAUGCAACUCUGAUGACUGCCCCGGCGUCUACCACAAGCCCAACGAUGACCAUGCCACCUAUGGUUGCCCUGUCGGUGUGAAUAUGAAUCUCAUGCUUGGAUAUUAGUCCGCCGAUCCUUUUUGGUCCGUUGUCGGUUGGCUCUGAUUGCUGGCUUUGACUGAUGGGUCUUUUGUUACCGAUGUUGUUUUUCGACCGCCUUCGGGCUCGUUUUUUCGUGGUAGUCGAGACGUCCCUGUGGGUUUGGGCAGUCUUCUAGUUAGAUAGCUGGUCUUUGACAAUAUCACAUCAUUUUUCAUUGGUACGAUUCCAUUGUAGGAGCGAGGUAGUAGCGAUGUAGGCUAUGGUAUUAUGUCGUGCUGGAUCGCUGGAACUAAUUAGUGUAUACUUCUUUCAUUUGACAACCUAGUCGAACAUGAAAACAUAUACACAAAG